AUGCAGUUGUCCUUGCCUACCGUCCUUUCAGUGUCUUUGCUUGUUCUUAUCUCCACAACAUCAGCCUCACCGAUAUUCCCACCUCUGCCCUCGGAUCUGCAACCAAGCAACACCAAAGCCUUCGAUGUCCGAAGUCCUGUACAACCUCGAAGCCCAGCCAACACGGUAGUCAACCCGGACGCUAUCACAGGAACCACGUGCGACGACCCCAACGUUUCACUCGUCACACACGAUACGAAUGUGGCCUUGCUGUCCAUCUGUGGCGGAAUUGCAGGUGCCAUCCAGUUCUGCGGCGGCGACCCAUCAACCACAGUGGGCGCAUCAGGCACCUCGAAAUUCACACUAACGGCCGUCAACGCAGGAAAUGGAGCAACGAUCAAUGUGAGCAAGGGGAGAUGGGAAGGAAGCCCGCAGCAACUCGUGGAAGAUGAAAACGUCUACACCAAAGAAACCCCAGGGCGUGGCAAUGGCUUAUAUGUUGCACGGGAUACGGCAGCGAAGUCGCAGCUGGUCUUUGUUGCGCAGCCACUGUUGGUGGCAUUGGAAACCACGAAACUUGCCACUAGCUGCUACUACUGUUUUCGGUCUCCGAGUGAAUCAGACUGGCAGGCGUCAGAUGAGCCGAAGGGCAACCUGAAAACAUGUAGUCGCUGUAAGGUGGUGAGGUUCUGUGACCAGAAAUGUCAAACUCAAGCAUGGUCACAGUAUCACCGUCUGGAGUGCAAGCUUUACUCGAAGUUGUAUCCUCGCAUCCUGCCAAGCUCUGUCCGGGCGAUCAUCCGCCUAUUGAAGCAGCACAAGGAAGGGAUGCUGCUGGAAGGCGAAUGGGAGCACCUGUUGAAACUGGAAAGUCACCAGGAGGAGAUUGCCAAAGCAGGAGGACAGCGUUGGCAAGACCUCAUCAUAAUGAUGCAAGGAAUCAAGGGAUAUUCUGGAACCGACCAAAGCCCUGAACUGAUUCUACGCCUGAUCUGCAUUCUGACCGUCAAUUCCUUUACGCUUACGAACGUCACCUUCGAUUCUAUCGGGCUCGUUCUCCAUCCCAAGCCGGCUUUGGUGAACCACUCUUGCGACCCCAAUGCCUACGUGCGUUUCGACAUCUUUUCGCCAUCUCAUCAACCAGGUGAUCAAGCCUCGGGCAGUCUUUCCGUCCACGCUUUGCGAGACAUUGGCAAGGAUGAAGAAAUCACCAUUUCCUACGUAGACACCACCUUUCCUUUGGAGCGGAGGCGCCAGGAACUCAGGGAGCGGUAUUUCUUCAGCUGCCAGUGCGACCUAUGUGCAAGGGGUCAGGAUACACCACAGGACACUUGCCAUUUCUCUCCGAGCUCCUCGUUGCAGCUGGCGAGCCGUCCAACCGUCGUUGAAAGCGGCCAAGAAGCAGAACAGUUCUUCCUGAGUAUGCAGGCGAAUGCAGGAUUGGAACAAGAGCAUGUUGACAGUAUCCGGACUGCCAUGAAUCAGCUGGCCAAGACCGGGGUGUGGCCGGUCUAUCGGUACCCAUGGCCUCAGUUGCGACAGCAGCUUCUGUAUGGGUUGCUCGGUUUGGGCAGGUUCCCACAAGCUUUGUUCCAGUCUGCGGUGUUUGUCAGGGCCAUCCAUCCGAUCUUGUUCAAGCAAGAAUGGCACCCGAUUCGCCUCGUGCAGAUUUGGAUGUUUUGGAAUCUCAGUCGACAUUGCUUGGAGACUCUGAUGGAGAAAGAAGGACCCAGUGACCAGGAUGGACACGAUAUACGGAUCUUAGGUCUGUUGAGCUGUGUUCUAAUCGACCAUGUCCGUCAAAUAAUGAGCGGAAAAGAACGGCCAGUAGGUCGGCUCGAACGUAUGGUAGACCGAGCCCUUGGGAAUGUGCAACAGGAAGGACCCUUUUGGUCGGAAUACUGGCGGAAUCAGGCCAAGACUCGCAAGGCUGCAUGGGCGUGGGUUGAUGCUCAAGUCGAAGGGCUGUUGAAAGGUGAAGGCGUACCACAGGAGCUCAUCGAGGAGACUUUAUCAAGAGCUCAAGGCUGA